CUUGUCUGGUUCAAGAACAAUCUUGCACGGAACUUGUAUUCCAGGGACAGCUUUUUUUAUCUUUUCUUUCUUAAUUAACUUCACAUGUGUCUGCUAAAGGUGGCGAGCGGAAAGGACGAAAUUAAUAACGAGAGAAACAUCGAUCAGUGGCUGUUCCAGCCAUUGGUGCACUCCGAAGAUGGAGGCAAGGGAUCGUCGAUGUUUUCGCGGUUGAACAGGGAGCAAGAGAUGUCGGUUAUGGUGUCGGCUCUCGCGCACGUUGUGGCUGGAGAUGUUCCUGAUCAGGCAGGGGAUUUUGUUGAUGGCAGUUUGGGUUCUCCGUCUUCAUGGGAAUUUGGUGUGCAAAACAGGGGAAGAGAAGAGGUUGGUGGAGGCAUGCUGCAGGCUCAAUCUGUUUCCAGGCCUUGUAGAGAAUUUGGUGGCUUUCCUCAUGGCGGUGGGUCGUCAUCCUCUUCUAGUAGUGGACGAGGUAACAAUACAAACGGUGACCCAAUGAAGUUGAUUCCGGUGUAUGAAUACAACAGCAAUGAUCAAACGUACGGAUCAGAAGAGCCAGGGAGAAGAUACAGAGGAGUGAGGCAGAGGCCGUGGGGGAAGUGGGCGGCAGAGAUUAGAGACCCUUUCAAGGCCGCUAGAGUGUGGCUAGGCACCUUUGACACAGCUGAGGCAGCUGCCAGAGCCUACGACGAAGCCGCCUUUCGUUUCAGAGGCAACAAGGCCAAGCUCAACUUUCCCGAAAACGUCAAGCUCCGACCUCCACCUAUGGCAAAUCCAGUACCGACCCAGUUGACGAUUUCACAUUCUGACAAUACCCCUUUGUCCAUUCCAGUGUCCACCGAGCCUAAUUCUCAAUUUCAGCCUCCUUACCACCUCCAGAAUCCGGAUAUUUCGAAGGCGUAUUUUGGCUAUUAUGGUGAAUUUCAAAUGCAGCAGCAGGGGAGACUCCAUGAGCAGCUAGCUUUCUCGUCUUCCUUAAGUUCCCAUUCACAGUCGUCUUCUGUAGCACCGCUUUCGUCGUCUUCUUCACCACCCAUGUCAUACCCUCAUCUUUUUCCGAUUCAACCGUCUGCUCACCUCAAUUUGGCUACUAGUCAAGACAGUGCAGCAGAUUUUUUGGUGCAUUUGUGGUCAGAUUCCAGUCAUCAUUCUUCAACAUCUAAAUAGAAAGAUCCGUACUGUUUUCUUGCUAGUCAUAACUUUCAAAUUCGCUUCUAAAUAAAAAAAAUUAACUUUUUUUUUUAAAUUAUCAAUCAAAAUAAAUUAUUUAUUAUUCA